AUGCUCCCCACUCCCGGUACCGCGGGGUUCACACCCGCCCUCGUCGCGGCCAUCUCCAACGAACCCGCGCUCCGCGGCUGGGAUCCUGAUGCGGGCCUCGUCGCCGUCGUCCUCCUGGCACUUACAGUCAAGUGCGGCGGCGUGAUUGUCGAUGUGGCUACACACAGAGCACAGGCGCCAGCGACAAACAUUGCGCGUGCAGCCAGGGUGGCCUCUGCUCUCACCGAGUCCGUCUUUGGGCUCGAAACCCGUGUUCUCCACCUCGGCUCCUCAAGUUAUACCAGCGAGGUUAAGCUUGAGCCCUCCACAGAAGCCCUCGUCAUCACGGGGCUCGAGGAGGCGCCGCCGGCCGUCCUCGUCAAGCUGCGCUCCGAGGCCGCGCGGGAACGUUCCCGUCAGCCGCUGCUGGUCUGGGUGCGCGAUGAAGACCGAGAUGGUGCGCCAAUGUGGCUGCUCGACCUGUUUGCAUGCUCGACACCCCUGGACAUGAAGGACGUCGACCUCCCUCCCAUGGGUCUCUCGCGCACUGCCCUCGUCCCACCACAGUACAUUGCCGACCUCCGCGAUCUCCUCAUCCUCACACAUAUCCACCCCCCACUCGAACUCCACAUUGCCAACGUCAUCGCCGCUGCAUGCCUGCAUCCACAACUCGAGGCCAACAUUAGCCAGAGCGGCAACACGGCCGUGACGCAACUCGUCAAGGCUCAUCGCCUCCUGUCGGAACCUUUCCCACUCCCCCACAGCUGGCAGACAUCUCUGGAGACAUGGCGACGGACCAACGACCCGUCGGGAAGCGACAAGCGUGUCGGCCGUGCUGCUCGCGCCGAUACGAGCUUCAUCGGCGGGCCAGGCGGCGUCGCUACCUGGGCUGUGCGAGCUGGCGAGGUGCCGCGCGCCGACAAGAUGCUCGGCUACGGCGCGCAAGAUUGGUACUGCACACCAGACAAUGUUGCCGGCGCAUGGGAGCUGGCGAUCCGUCACCGUAUCCGUGUACGAGAGCCUGGUGACGCUGCACUGUAUGCGCUCAACGCCACGGCGCAGGACCGGGCCGAGCAUGCACGCAAGCACCAGACCGUGCAAGCUGCAAAGGACGCGGCGCGGAAGAGACGAAUGGUGCUGGACGAGGCUCUGGACGGUAUGCUUCUCUCGGUCUAG